UUCGCUGUCAAGCUACAGCCACACUGUCACGCUCUUUGCAAAAAGCGCCAAAAUUUUUACGUUUAUUAGGCUUAAGACUAGUUUUAUUUGAUUAAAUCCACGAUUUUGUGAAUAGGCCUUGUGGCAAGGCGACCCCAACAGUUCGACUUCGAUUCAAGACCAAGAACCCGCCGGCAUGUCCUUCUUCGGAGCCAACACAUCGCUGGGAGCCACGAGCACGCCGGCCAAAACUGGCGGUCUCUUUGGCUCCUCUUUCGGGGCAGCAGCCACCGGUCAACCAGCGCCCGCAUUCGGAACUCCGGCCACAGCGGCGCCUGCAUUCGGCACCCAGACAUCGACACCGGCCUUUGGCGGCGGUACGGCCUUUGGAGCAGCCACCAGUGCUGCUCCCGCUUUCGGUGCUUCAACCGCCGCUCCUGCUUUUGGAACUGCAGCAGCUGCUCCGGCUUUUGGAGCCACCGCCUCGGCCUUUGGCAGUGCUCCGGCCUUUGGGACUGCCACCACAACAGCGGCAACCACGGGACUCGGAGGCAGUGGUUUCAGUGGCUUUGGCACAGCGCCAACAACAAGUUUGUUCGGUGCUCCGGCGACCAGUGCUGCGCCACCGGCUUUCAGUGGUUUCGGUCAGCCGGCAGCAACGAGUGUGGCGCCCGCAAGUGGAUUUGCAGGCUUUGGGGCCACUACAACCUCGGCGCCAGCUUUCGGUGGCUUUGGCACAGCCACCAGCCAACCGUCCACUGGUUUUGGCGGCAGCGUUUUCGGAUCCACCUUUGGGAAGCCAGCGAGUACGACAGUGACGCCGGGCUUUGGAGGAUUCGGUGGGACCAGCUUUAUGCUGGGUCAGCCACAGCAGCAGCCGGCUCCCAUUUCCGCCGACGAGGCCUUUGCCCAGGCCAUACUCAAUGUGUCAAUUUUUGGCGACGAACGGGAUAAUAUCAUUGCGAAAUGGAACUAUCUGCAGGCCAUGUGGGGCACUGGCAAGCUCUUUUACUCGCAGAGUGCGGCUCCUGUGGAUAUCACUCCGGAGAACUAUCUGUGCCGGUUUAAGGCCAUUGGCUACAGUCGGAUGCCGGGCAAGGACAACAAGCUGGGUCUGGUGGCCCUGAAAUUUGAUAGAGAGCUCUCAGCCAUCAAACCCCACCAGCAACAGGUUAUACAGACGCUCCACAGCCUGUUUGGCAGCAAGCCCAAUAUGCUCGUCCACAUUGAUUCCAUCAAGGAGGUGGACAAUAAGAAGUGCCAGAUGGUCAUCUAUCUGGAGGAGAAGUUGCAGCAUGCACCCAAUGAGAGCAAGCGCAUACUGGCCACCGAGCUGAGCAACUACCUCAAUCAGGCCUCGCUGAAGACACAACUCAAUAAUCUGGGUAUAGUGGAAGCCUUGGCCUUGGUUUUGCCCGAUGAAGAUCAGAUGAAAGAGUAUUUGGAGAAUCCGCCACGCGGCGUGGAUCCGCGCAUGUGGCGUCAGGCGAACUUUGACAAUCCCGAUGCCCGCCAGUUUAUACCCGUGCCCAUGAUAGGUUUCAAUGACUUAAAGUGGCGCGUGAAAUGCCAGGAACAUGAAACGGAUACCCAUGCUUUGUACAUGAAGAAAGUGGAGUCGGAGCUGACGGAACUGAGGGCAAGACACUCCACAGCCACAGCAACGAUACUAGAGCACAAGCGAAAGCUGGCCGAGCUGGGUCACAGGAUACUAAGAAUAAUUGUUAAGCAGGAAUGCAGCCGCAAGGUAGGCACUUCGCUUACCCCGGAGGAGGAGGCCAUGCGCACCAAGCUCCAGAACAUGCAGGCCGUGGUCUCUGCACCCACUCAAUUCAAGGGCCGCCUUAGCGAGCUGCUCUCCCAGAUGCGUAUGCAACAGAAUCAAUUUGCAGGCAAUGGUGGGGCAGAGUAUGCCAUAGGCAAGGAGGCGGAGGAUGAAUGGAAUCACUUUCUGGCCAUGCAGCAGAGCGCCAUGGAGGUGCUAAACGAAACGGUCAAGAAGGAUACCAAGGCGCUGGAUAUUAUUAUCAAGGGAUUGCCCGAACUGCAGCAGUCGUGAGGCGGGGAUUCCGAUUUGUUGAAUAAACCCACAGAGAGAGAGAGAUGUAUGUAA